GUACCACCCACCCUCCAUUCCUUGUCCCCUUUGCAUAAUAUCACAACUCCAAUCUCCCCCAUCCCUCCCAACAUGGCCGAAGUGAAAAAAGCCCUCGUGGUCUUCGGCUCGGGCCCAGGAAUCGGCCGCAACGUCGCCGCCGUCUUCGCCGAAGGCGGCUUCUCCAAGAUCAUCCUGUUAUCUCGCGACAAAGCGCGCUUAUCCGAAGAUGUGAAGUUCGUGCAAGCAGCGGCUGAGGCGAAGGAGGUGAAACCUAGUGUCGAUGGAUUACCGAUUGAUCUUGCGGAUAUGGGGAAAGUGAGGGAGACGUUGACGAAUUUGGAUAUGUUGUUGGCGAGGUAUAGAUUGGAGGCUGUGUUGUACAAUGCGGCGAGGGUGGGGAAGAGUCAAGUUUUUGAGUUUUCCGCCGUGGAUAUGGAGACGGAUUAUCGGAUUGCUGUUGUGAGCUUGUAUAUGGUCGCCGGAUGGGCAUUGCCACAGCUUGAGAAGAUUGCUGCGAAAGAUCCGGAGUCGAAACCUACACUUUUGGUGACGAGUGGUGGACUACACAAAGAUCCUUUUCCGGCGUUUUUCAGUCUGGCCAAUGUCAAGGCCGCGCAGUAUAACCUUGUUCAUUCGUUAUACAAGGAGUACAAGCCGAAGAAUGUCCAUGUUGCGGCGAUCGUUGUUGAGGGUGAAGUCAAAGAUGAUGCGAAGGUUACUACAGCUCGGCAUAUCGCGGAAGAGGCAUGGAAGCUGUAUGAACAACCGCAAGGCGAAGGCGAUUUGGAUGUAGAGAUUCAGGAUCCUGAAUAUGCUGAGUUCAUUGAGAAGAACAGUUGAUGUGUGGUGGGCGGGUUUCUGUGGAGUUUAGGGAAUGACCAGUUGAUGAAUUAGAAAGGCCAGGAAUUAACCGGCUAUAUUGUACAAGACUACCUUCGAGAGCAGUGCAUGGUGCAUCUGGUUCCGCUCUUCUUUCUCUUUUAAUUGUAUCAGGGUAGGCUUCACUCGAUGCGUUUGAGUCCCUGACGGUUCGCAGUCUCGUGAGCGGGCCCAUCGUUGCCGGUGGUAAAGUUGAAUUGCAGAGGACAAGCUGGACUGCCGGCUUUGCAAAUGGCAUAACAAGCAGCAGCGUUAUUAAAUUCCCAGAUUAUUUUAGUGACUUGACGCUUGUCCAAGUCAAUGAAGUGUAUCUGAACGCCUCGCACGGGAGUCUCAUCAACAUAGAAUUGCUGCUGAAUCGUGGGUAUACAGCUUCUUCCUUGCCUUGUAGACAGUAAUGGUUUGUAGGACAAUAUCGUCCGCCACAUAUUCAUGGUGUCGGCCAACGAUCCAGGUUGCGUACAAUUUAUCAUCGGUCAGAUUGCGUACGAUCUAUCAUUUGUGAAAUCGGCGAAGCUUUCGUCUUAGCUCUCGGAGACUGUCGUAUCGUGAAUGGUGGGCGGUAGCAUGGAGCUCUAUCAUUUUGCCCACGGAAUAGGACCAUUGGAUUGCUCGUAGUCCUUGAUUAUCCGUUGUACCAGCUUCAGCAGAUCAGCAUGCACACUCGAGGGAGCAC